AUGGCGGACGGGGCAGACGGCACUGCACCGGAAGCAGCGGAGGAGCAUGCCAAGGAGAGCCUUCGCAGCAAGCUAUGGCGCUCCUUCUUGGCACAGGGUCGGGCAAUCCACAGCAAGGAAAUGAAGGAGGCGUGUGCCUUCUACGAUGCCGUGCGCAGAGAUGCGCGCCGAUGUGCUCCGAAGACUGUGGUGGAGGUGUGUGGCGGCCACGGUGGUUUGGGGAUGCUCUUCGUCGCUCACGGAAUCGCAAACCGUCUCGUGAUCAUCGAUCAGUCCAAGCCACCUUCGCACGAGCUCCUGAGAGCUGCCUGGUCCGAGUACCUAAAGACCGCUUCUGUGUCCUAUGAUGAGAGGCCCUUGCGGCAGGCAUUGCCUGAAGUUCUGCGUGCCUGUGAUGACAGCGUGCUGGUCGUCGCCUGUCACGCUUGUCAGCACUUGGCGCGGGAGAUUGUGGACUGCUGCCUGGCUCGCAAAGCCUCCUUUGCCGUCUGUCCCUGCUGCCCGAAAGAUCCGGACGGAAGUAUUCAAGCCGCAGCAACAGCCAUGGGCGUGAACUUCAGUGCGGCCAUGAUCCUUGCAGAAAUGGGUCGAGUCGCACCGCGCUGCCGCGUUGCGCUCCGGAUGUUCGACUCUCAGAUCUCACCACACAACCGCAUCAUCUUUGGCCGCCUCGGCCCUGGCGACGACCGCUCCGAUCCCCCACCUUCGGCCGCUGCGGUACAGGACGGCCAGAACGGCGAGCUCGAGACUCGCAGCGGUUACUCAAACGGUGCCGAGGAAAGGCUGCGACGUGCAUAUGAAAGAGCGCAUGCUCACUCACACGGGACAGCUGCAUCCAGUACAGCAGGCCUCUGGUCGACAGAGGAGGCUUUCGCAUCGCUCCGUCGGGGCGACGACGAGCUGCGCCGGAAGACGGAUGCUGUGCAUGAGCUGCUGGCGCCCCUGCGAGGCGAGGGCAGCUUGGCUGCUGCCUUGGACGCACUCGAGGUGCGAGAGUCGCCUCGUCAACACUUCCGAGCCAGGACCAUCGUUGCAGUGGGAGCCAGCACCACGUCAGACGGCUCGGACGGCGCGGGUCUUUUCAGGUACGUGCCAGAUGGGAGCCGCGGCCUCACACUUGAGGCUAACAUAAGCAAGGAAACGUUGCUCGCCCAGAUCUCUGCCGCACUUCCGGCUGUGGCGGACCUGCUGGGAAGUUCGGAGCGGCUGGGUGAGAUGCUUCGGGGACUGCGCUGCGUGAAGUUUCACGGCACUCUCGGCGGAAGACCGCCUCAGCUGCUGGUUUGUUUGGUCUACGGCCCCGAGGCUGCUCCCGCGGAAGGAUUUCUUCUGGAGGAGCUGCGCCUUCGUUUGGAGGAUGCACUUUGCGCAGUGGGACAAGCUACCAAGGUUGUCACGAUGGCAUCCGCCAAGGGCACAAUGCGAUGCUGUCCGGAAGGCUGUGACUUUGUGGAUGAACUUCUGGAGAUUCCAGGUCGAGGGCCCGUGAGCUAUCGCCAGCCUUUCGGACAGUUCUCGAACCCGAACCCGCAUAUAGCGAUCGCUACUGCCGACUGGCUUUCUGAGAUUGUCCAGCAUGAGCUUGGUGGCACGACGGAUUUGUUGGAGCUGUACUGUGGUGCCGGGAGCCAUACGCUGGUGCUGGCACCCCUUUUCCGGCACGUCUUGGCAGUUGAGAUUAACCGGCAUCUGGUUGCUGCUGCAAAGCACAACGUGACAUCGAAUGGCCUGGACAAUGUAACCGUGAUGCGAGCACCCUCCGAAGACUUUUGCAGGCGGGUGCUCCGUCGCCGUGGCUAUGAACUGCGUAGUGAACAUGCUCCGCCUCUUCAACUUCACUUCGGAUGCACUGUCGUUGACCCACCGAGAGCCGGUUUGGACUCGGUCACCCUGGAGGCAGUAGCAGGCUAUGACCAUGUCCUUUACGUCUCCUGCAAUCCACAAGCACUGCGAUCCAAUCUGGAAGCACUCUUGAAGACCCACGAUGUUUAUGGCUGUGCACCUCAGAAGGCGUUCCCCAUCGGAGUCCUAGCCCUGCUCUUCCUUUGGACUGCGCCUGCAAACGACGAGACGGUCCUGACUCUGCAGACUGGCUGGUUUGCAACAUGCCAAAGCAUGGUUGAGAAGGACGAACAGGUGGUGCUGCCGCGGAACACCAUGAAGCUGGCUGAGGCCGCUAGAGAAAAGAAGCCUGAAGACUAUGGAGUAGACACUUUGAAGAUCACAGAUGACGAUGCAGCCUUUAUCCUUGGUAAGGGUGGCAAGACCAAGGAAAAGAUCGCCCGUGUAUCGGGUGCCGACAUUGAGCUUUUCGAGAGAGAUCUUAUACUGGAGAUCCGGGGAUCGAAGGUUCAGCGGCGCCGGGCGAAGAAGUACUGUGAGGGAGUCAUGGCGCAGAGAACUGGACCUGUGAACAUCACCGAAGAGUAUAAUGAUGACGACUUAACCAUGCUCUUAGUUCCACAAGAGACAGUUGGUUUCGUUACGGGUCGAGGAGGCAAUUUUCUGCGCACUAUCGAAGAGGAGUGGGGAACCCUCAUGUUCUUCUGCGAAGUGGGCUCGGGCCGGCGGGAUAAGACAGAAGCCUCUGCAAUUUUCUCGCUGCCGUUGGCUGCCAUGCCGGCCGUGCAAUCACGCUUCGCAGCAGCAGGCCUUGUCGUCGGCCUUGCCGCUUCUGCUAGCGCUUUCGUCACUCCUUCUGCCGGCCGCUCAGGGAGCCAGCUGAGGAAAAGUGUGGCCUCAACAGCUCCUGCUCGUACACCCGUUGCUAAGCAGACAACCGGGGACGGCUUGGCUACACUCGCUGUUCUGGGCGCCGGCUUGGCCGCCGUGCGUGGAUCCCGAACGCAGACCAACGCUGCAGCUGCCGUCGAGGCUGAGCCACCGCUCUUCCAGCCUUCCGAGCAGUUCGGCGCCACCCAACCUCUUGGAUUCUUUGAUCCGCUCGGGUUUACCCAGGUGGGCGACGAGAAGGGCUUUAGGAAGCUGCGUGUCUCCGAGAUCAAACAUGGUAGAGUAGCGAUGAUGGCUUCGAUUGGGCUGGUCGCACAGCAUUUCGUCAAGUUCCCCUUCUUCGAGAAUGCUCCCGCUGGCUUCUCCAUCAUGGACAAAGGCGAGGGCGUGCUCGGCUUCUUCGGCAUCUUCCUCGCUUGCGCCCCACUGGAGCUGUGGUGGAGGGAGAACCCUGAAAAGGAGCCGGGAAAUUACGGCGAUCCCUUCGGCGUGAACAUGUACAACGACGAGAUGAGGAUGAAGGAACUGAACAACGGGCGCAUGGCCAUGAUUUCGGUUCUUGGCAUCUUCGCCGCGGAGAUGGCCACCGGCAAGAUAGUGGACCAGCUACAGACGAUGUCAAACCAGCUGCGCCGAGCGAAGCAGGACUACGAGAAGCUCGCCAUCUUCGGCGACAUUCGCGGCCGCCGCGGCGCAGAGCUGAAGGUCUUAAGUGCCAUUGAGACGAAGAGUCCAGGCUACCUCGGCAAGAUUAAGCAUGAAGUUAUUGACCGUGACAAAGGCAAGGAUCCGGAAGGCACAUGGUCCACAGACACCAUGACCUUCCAGGAUGACGAGCUGUCCUAUGCCUUGGGCAAGCAGGGUGGUACGCGCAAGAAGCUCGAGCGAGCGUCAGGAUGUAUUGUGCAGUACGUUGGGCAUACUUGCCUCUUCUCUGGAACGCGCGCUGAGCGCCGCCGGGCCAAAGACUACAUGAAGUGGCUCUUCGCCCAGCUCGAGGGUCCCGUCUACGUAGACGGUUGGGAGGACCGCGACGACUGCUGUGUCGUACAUGUACCUUCGGACUGUAUCGGUUACAUUACUGGUAGCCGCCGCGCUACAUUGGGCCGAAUGGAGGAAGAGUGGGGGACGCUCAUGUUCUUCAUGACAAAGGACGGAGACAAGGGCGGACGAGCCGGUCAGGCGGAGAAGCUCAUCAUCUGCGGCAACGAGCGUGGCCGACGAGGUGCUGAGCUCAAAUGCAUGAAUGAAAUUGAGAAGAAGGCACCUGGGCAUUUCUCCAGGGGCCUGAGGGAAAAGUUCUCCGACAGCAGAGGGUUUGACACAGAUCGCAUGGCCAUCAAAGAAGAUGAGCUGAGCUACGUCAUCGGAAAGGAAGCUGCCACGCAGAAGAAAAUCGAAAAGGCUGCUGGCUGCAUCCUCCAGUUCGUUGGGCGCUAUGCGUUCAUGGCCGGUAUCGGAAAGGAGCGCCGCCGCUGCAAGGAGUACAUCGGCUGGCUGCUACAGCAAUUGAAAGGUGCCGUGACCAUACCAGAUGUGACAGACCGGGAGGACUGCACAGAGAUGCACAUUCCUGCGAAUUGCAAGGGCUGGGUCACCGGAAACCGGGGUUCCGAGCUUCGCCGCAUGGAGCACGAGACCUCCACUUACAUGUUUAUGGCCUUGGACGGCCGUGGUGAUGAGCGGCUUUGCAUCUUCAGCCACGAAGCAGGAUCCAAAGUCGCCAACACGGGCCGCAUGGCAGCAGAGCGGCUUGUCAACGAGUUGGUACAG